UGAAUUCUCGAUUUUCGCCAGCUUCCGGCUCCAGCUGAAAAACCAAACCGCAACGUCCCAGUGCAAUGGCUGAGCCUGCUGCCAAGAAGGCGCGAACUGCUGCCCGCACCUUUCUCUUCUCCUCGGAGUCUGUGAAUGAGGGCCACCCGGACAAGCUCUGCGACCAGGUCUCUGAUGCUGUCUUGGAUGCCUGCCUCAAGGUUGAUCCCAAGUCCAAGGUGGCUUGCGAGACUGUGACGAAGGACAACAUGGUCAUGGUGGCGGGUGAAAUCACCACCCAGGCCAAACUGGACUAUGAGAAGGUGGUUCGUGGUGUGGUGGCGCAGAUCGGUUUCGACAGCUUUGUUGAUGACCUGUCCUCAGUGGACAGCAAGGGCCUUUCCGACAAGACCUGUGACGUCUUGGUCCGUAUCAACAAGCAGAGCCCUGACAUCGCGGGCGGCGUGCACGUGGGCAAGGAUGAGAUGGAUGUGGGUGCUGGAGACCAGGGCAUCAUGUUCGGCUAUGCCAGCGAUGAGACCUCUGAUUGCAUGCCCCUGACUCAUUCCAUUGCCACCCGAUUGGGCAAGAAGCUCACCGAUGUCCGCAAGAGCGGCGAGUUGUGGUGGCUGCGCCCGGAUGGCAAGACGCAGGUCACCAUCGAGUACGUGGGCAAGGAGGAUGGCUCCGUGGAACCCCAGAAGAUCCACACGGUGGUCAUCUCCACGCAGCAUGCAGAGCCUUUGAAGGCGGUUCGAAGCAAGGAGUGCGCUGGCUACAAGGGCCCAGAGAUGACUGCUCCUAGCAUGGCUGACAUGAACAAGGAGAUCGAGGAGAAGGUGAUCAAACGCACCUUGGAGGAGAUCAAGCUUAAGAGCGGCAAACCUGCCUUGACGCUGUAUGGCAGCCACACGCAUUUGCACAUCAACCCCUCAGGCAAGUUCAUCAUCGGUGGCCCUCAGGGUGACGCUGGCCUCACAGGCCGCAAGAUCAUCAUCGACACCUACGGCGGCUGGGGAGCCCACGGUGGCGGCGCCUUCAGUGGCAAGGAUCCCACCAAGGUGGAUCGCUCCGCAGCAUACAUUUGCCGACAGAUGGCCAAGUCCGUGGUGUCUUCUGGUUUGGCAGCCAGGUGUUUGGUGCAGCUGUCCUAUGCGAUCGGCGUCGCCAAGCCCUUGUCUCUCUUCGUAGAGGCUUAUGGCAGCGAGAAGGGCCAGCUGACGGUGGAUGACAUCACCAACGUCUUGAAGAUUGAGUUCGACUGCCGUCCCGGUGCCAUCGCCGCGUCCCUGGCCCUUCGGGAACCAAAGUACCAGGAGACCGCGGCCUACUGCCACUUCGGCAGGGAAGCCGUGACCAAGGACGGCAUCAAGUUCUUCGAAUGGGAGAACGCCAAGGACUUGAAGAAGUAUGCAUCCAUGAGCAGCGAACAGGUGGCUGCUGCCCUGAAGGGCAGCAACUACCUCACCAAGUGGGUGGACUAAACGCCAGGGCGACCAGGCCUUUGGCGCCACAAAAUUUCUCAGCUGAUUUUGAGCAAGGAUACCUCGGAUCCUGCAGUGAGCCGCUGCUGCGACGAGGAAAACAUACUGGAAUUUUGGAACUAGUUUUCGCGUUUUG